AAUCAAUAACCAUUGUUUUAAUGCUAUCAUGUAUGGGUUGUGUCAAAGAGGUGAGUUAGAUGAAGCUUCACAAGUUUUGGAAGAAAUGAAGAGCAUUGGAAUAUUGCCCGAUGUUUAUGGUUAUAGCAUUUUAAUUGAUGCCUUCUGCAAGAAUGGAGAUGAUAAGAAAGUUGUUGACUUGAGGGAGGAUAUGAAGCUCAACCAAAUAAAACCAUCCAUUGUUAACCACACUUCCAUCAUCCACCGUCUAUGCAAGAGCAAGACUAUGCCGAUGCAAAUCGUGAUGAAUAAGUUCCGUGCUAUUGGUGCUUCGGGUUGCAAAUAUGAUCAGACUAUUUAUGAAACUUUAGUUGAUGGAUUUUGCAGGGAAGGUGAUAUGGUUUCAGCCGGAAAGCUUUUGGAGGAAAUGGGUAGCAAUAAUUUUGCUCCCUCUGCUUUUUGUUAUUGUAGUCAAAUUAAGGGGUUCUACAAAUUGAGACAAUUCGCUAACGCGUUGAAAGUUUAUAGUAUCAUGCAAAAACGUGGUAUAAGGCCAGAUACCAUCGCUUGCAAUCAUAUCCUUAGUAUUUACUGCAGGAAGCGUGAAUUCAAUGAAGCCUUGGCAUUGUCGGAGGAAUUCCGGGAUCAUGGAGUUUCCCUCAACCCAUAUUCAUAUAAUGAAUUCAUCAACAAGCUUUGCAGAGAAAGUUUUCCAGAAAAAGCACUGCAGCUUCUGCCAGUAAUGCUUAAAAGGAAUGUACUUCCCGGAGUUGUUAAUUAUAGUACUCUUAUAUCUUGCUUUGCCAAACAGACGAAUUCUAAAAAGGCUGUGAAGUUAUUCACAAGAAUGACAAAAGUAGGAAUCACUUUCAACAUCAAAACGCAUACAGCUCUUAUUGACCUAUGCAUCCGUAAUUGCAAAAUUGAUAAGGCAUGUGACUUAUUUGAGGAUAUGGAAAAAAGGGGUGUGCAUCCAGAUCAGAUUACAUAUAAUACUCUAAUAGCUGCUUUUUGUAAUACUGGAGAAAUGAUAAUAGCGAAGACAUUAUUUGAUAGAAUGUUACAGGAAGGCUGUUCACCAAAUGUAGUUACUUAUUCAUGUUUCAUUAAUGCAUAUUGGAAGUUAGACAUGAGAGAUCAGGCUCAUAAGUGGUAUGACGAAAUGAGGGCAAAGGGUUUGUCCAGAUUAUGUAGGUCAUAAGUUUCCGUGUCCGGAAGUUGGUGCAAUUCAUGGAGUUAGAUAGCUCUGUCAAGGCCUCCAUUAUAUCCAGCUGAAAUUUGCAUAGCUGUAGGCGAUUCAGCUGGGGGAACUAAGCAAGUUUAUGACAGGCGCUUCAGAAGCUGUAAGGACUAACGCCUAACUAGUGACCACUUGUUGAUGAGGCUCUGCUAUCAUAUCAAGGGAAAAUACUCGGAGAAGUUUAAAAUCUUAGUUUUCCCUUCUGGUUGCAACUAUCAAUGCCAUCAUUGUCUCCCUUUUAAUUUCUUUGGCUGUAGCCGGAGGAUUCUUGGCUCUUUUCUUUGCUUUGGUGACAGCAAUAUAUAUUGGAGCAUUAUUAGUAGCACUAUUUGUUAUCACCACAGUUAUGUUUUGGACAACUGUGGCUAUUCCAAUAACUAGAGGUACAAAGAGCCUUAAAUUUGCAAAAACGCUCACGGAGCAAGAGUGGCUCUGCAAUUUCAACUUAUUCUGCUGCUUGGGGUAGCUGUAACCUUUUACACAAACAUUCCAAUUAGGAGCUAAUCACACACGGCAGCUUAUGCGCUAAGUUACAUGUGGAUGCUGUGAAAUGUCAAAAGCUUCUUAUAUUGACUAGGACAUUCCUAAAUCCCGCUCACUGUUUGGUUUCCAUGGCUAUGAUUAUCUUAAUCUUAAUAUUAGACUUUUUGGUGCCCUGUUUUAGGUAUGUUUUUACAAGUGUCAAAUUUUAAAGCUAUCCGCAUGUACAUCACAAAAACUAAAGGUACACUUUUUUAGCCAAAUUUAGCUCUCAUGGUUUAGGCGGCAAACUCAAUUUUUUGAAAUUCAAAUCCUCACUAAAAUACAAAGAAGUUUCUCUCUGAUAUACAUUUUACUUGGGAGAGUAUACUUAGGGAGGGUAUCUUUCUAGUUCCACUUCCUCAAAGACGCGUACCCACUUUCUCUCACUAGCAGCAGAUUUCUUUUCCUCUCAUAAUCCGAAACCCUCUUCUCUCUUUGUUUACUUUCUUCUUCUCUUUCACUGUUUCUUCUUCUCCUUCUUUGUAAAACUCACUCUCAACAUCCAUGGAGAAACAACCUUCCAUCAAUUUUCUACUCUCAUCUUUUAAUCAUUCUCAAAAUUGAUUAUACGCACAUCUACAAAUCACCAGCGGUCACCGUGUCGGAGUUCGCUUCUGCUGCCCCGGAUUUGCAGUUAGAAACUUCAUUCAGGUUGAAAAAGCUUGCGGUGAAGAAUGGAAAUCGUGUCCGGUGAAGUAGUUAACACCAAUACAACCAAAGGAUCAGUUUAUUAGAAAACUACUAGCUUUGCAGUUUGUUUCAUUGUAGAAGCUCUUUUAUUAAGAGAUUGAGAUGAGUAAAAAAUAAAAAACAUUAUUUGAGUUUUAUUUACCAUUACCAACUCCGUUUCAAAGUUCAGGGUCCUAUAUACACUCCCUCAUAAGGUGCAAUUUCUGGAAACAGUCACUCGUGGAGACCUGUAGCUUGGUCAAUAUUCACCUAACUUGAAUUGGAUUUGUGAUUUGCAUUCUGAGCUAGCUUAAGGAGUUGAAUACAUGACAAUAUGAAUGGAAGGGUUGGAUUCGUUAAUACUGUAUGGUUGGUAACUACAAAGAGCCUUGGAAUUGCAAAACACUGCUCGUUGAAUGAGUGACUCUAGAACUACAACUUGUUCUGCUGCUUGGUGGUAGCCGCUACCUUCGGCACAAACAUUAGAAGCUGAUCACACGCAGUAGCUUAUGCGCUAAGUUACAUGUGGAUGCUGAAAUUGCAUUUUUGUGAUUAAUAAUGUAAUUUUGAAACGAGUUGUAGUUUAUGUACUAAUAUGAACAAAGGAGUAUGUGAUAUUAGAGUAGCUAUCACGAAGUAGAAAAAAAAUUAAAACAUCUGAUAUUUUAUUGUAGACACAACGCAUGCCCCUAUUAUAUGUGAUUAUCACCUUUAAUUCGUUAUAAAAAA